GCACCACCCCGGUCCCCCCCUCUUUCCAACCUUCCUCCCCAGCGCCUACUCCCCGUCCCCUGAGACCUAAAUAGGAGCUCCUUAGCCCUCUCCGUUUACCUCUUCCCGAGACUUCAACUCCUGCCAGGAGGAUGGCAUCCACACCUACCAGGAAUGAGGAGGAAAAGGGCAGCAGGAUGUCCCAAGCUGCAACCUCCUUGGGUGGAGGUCCAGUGAGCAUGGGGGUUUCAUUAUCCCGUUCUGAGGAAUUCCUGACCCAGAUCAGCACAGAACUUACUGAUGAGGCCUUGUUUACCGCUGGCUAUGGCACGAACCCUGUGCCCACCAAGGAUAAACAGACCCAAGACCGAGGGACUCAGAUAUCCAAACACGUGUUCUUCAAGACCCGAGGCACCGACACCCGUUCUGACAGAAACCGUACCCGCACCAAGACCCACCUCCUGCCAUCCCCUCGUGACAAGAACGUGCAUCAGAGCUCCUCUUUCACGAGUCAUUAACACUUCACUUUGCUGGGACUUCUGGUCAUGAGCAACAUACCCCUGGAAGCUUCCUAGGUGUUCAGGAACCAUCACACACCUCUCCCCCUCAACUGGCAAGAACAUCACCAGAAAUCAAAGGCUUUAAUAAAAAGACAGAGGUCCUUCCCUCCUCCCAACCCA